GCUGGCCUUCCUCCCCCAGGUGUGAACCGACACUUCCACAUGAUUUGUAUCCGGGACAAGUUCAGCCAGAACAUUGGGCGGCAAGUGCCAUCCAAGGUCAUCUGGGACCACCUGAGCACUAUGUAUGACAUGCAGGCACUGCAUGAGUCUGAGAUCCUUCCGUUCCCGAAUCCAGAGCGGAACUUUGUCCUUCCAGAAGAGAUCAUUCAGGAGGUUCGAGAAGGAAAGGUGAUUAUCGAGGAGGAGAUGAAAGAGGAGAUGAAGGAGGACGUGGACCCACACAGUGGGGCUGAUGACAUGUUUUCCUCUUCAGGGAGUUUGGGAAAAGCAGCAGAAAAAUCCAGCAAAGACAAAGAGAAGAACUCCUCAGACUUGGGAAGCAAAGAGGGGGCGGACAAGCGGAAGCGCAGCCGAGUCACCGACAAGGUCCUGACCGCCAACAGCAACCCCUCCAGCCCCAGUGCUGCCAAGCGGCGCCGGACAUAGGCUCCCCAGCCACCGCCCAGCAGCACCUUGAAGGACAGGGCGCAGUCACUGAGGGGCAGUCAGUCUGGGUCCAAGAACCUCCCCUCCGUCCACAGUGACGUCGUCCAAGGCCAAGCCCACACUGCCUGUCUCAGGCUCCCGGCAGACGUGGCUGCUUGCAGAGAUAUGUCCAGGGCUCCAAGGCCAUGGUCUGCAGUUCCUGGAGCCACCCAAGCCUCCUGAGGUGGGUCUGCGCCACGUGUGGGGUCCCGGCUGUGUGGAUGGGCGAGGGCCUGGAGCCACAAGCAAUAAGCACACCUGCCUCUGUCCUCGCAAGGGCUGCUCUUCCUCUUUGCGACCCAGCCCCUCCUGGUGCCCUCUGUGAGCCUCUGCACUGACUGAUAGGAGGAGGACGUGGCCUUCCUGGCUCCUGGGCCACACCCAUGGCCUCCCUCCCCACCCGGGAACUAGGAACUGGAUCCAUGGCUUCCUUUUCUCGUACUGUAAGGAUGUAUAUAUGUGGUGGGCGUUUCUCUAUUUAAUUUUUAAGAAGCCUAUUUUACUAGUAUUUUAUAUGAAAAAAUACUGCAGAAGUUAACCCCGUGUUGUAUUUUUUUCUGAGAUGUUUUGCUUUAAGCUACUGAUGACUGAGGCCCUUUUUGCUCAGUUUUUAUAUGCCAGACACAGAAUUUGUAGCGGUUAUUUUUGUAUGAUCCAGUAGCAGACCUGGAGAUGGUGCGGAGGGCCAGCAAGAGGCCCCACCCUGACUAGGAUUGGCUUUCACUCAACUGUGGAAUAUUAAAGCACAAAGAAAAUUAA